CAGCACAGUGCGGCUUGAGGCAAGAUUCCCUUGUUCUAGAAGACUCCCAAGAGCAGCGAUGGCAGCCGUGGAGGAGCCCUUCAGCCUCUGGAUGAAGCAGAAGAAGUUUCUUUACCACUUCAAAAACGUCCGCUGGGCCAGGGGACGGCACGAGACUUACCUGUGCUACGUGGUCAAGCGGCGGGACAGCGCCACGUCCUUUUCGCUGGACUUUGGGCACCUUCGCAACCAGAAUGGAUGCCACGUGGAAAUGGUCUUCCUACGCUUCAUCUCCCACUGGGACCUGGACCCUGGCCGUUGCUACCGCGUCACCUGGUUCACCUCCUGGAGCCCCUGCUACGAAUGUGCCCGGCACGUGGCUGACUUUCUCCAAGGCAACCCCAACCUCACCCUCAGGAUCUUCACCGCCCGCCUUUACUUCUGCGAGGAUCGCAAAGCCGAGCCCGAGGGGCUGCGGCGGCUGCAUCGCGCAGGGGUCCAGCUGGGCAUCAUGACCUUCAAAGAUUACUUUUACUGCUGGAAUACUUUUGUGGAGAAUCGUGAAAAAACUUUCAAGGGCUGGGAAGGACUGCAUGAGAACUCGGUGCGUCUGUCCAGACAGCUCCGGCGCAUUCUCUUGCCCCUUUACGAGGUUGAUGACUUACGGGACGCAUUUCGCACCUUGGGCCUCUGACUGCAACCUCCAGGCGUCCGCACACCACGGGACCCCUCUGCCGCAGCCGGGGCAUAGAAGGAAAAUUCUUGAAGUCCUCUCGCAUUUCUAUUCCUGCUCUCAUUGUCUUCAAGCUUAGGGGAGAAACCAUACACAAUUAUGUAUGACUCUAAAAACAUGGAUUCUUGAAAACAGAGAAGAAACAGUUUACUGGGGUAAAAGCUACACCCGUUGCUGUUUUGAAGGUGACCAUCUUUCCCCGCUGUGGGCAAGAGAAAAGCAAAAGUCCUGGGUUUGGGAGAGUAGACAUCCUAAAGUGACAAAGUCCUAUGACUUUGAGGCAGAAUGAAAGCAGAAAGCAGCUCCUAACAGGUGUGCUGGGAGGAUCGCGUGCUUUCCUGCAAGCCUCCUUCCUGAUUCCCUGGACUUGUCAGUGGUGUUAGUCCUGUGUUUGUUUGUUUGUUUGUUUUACUUUCCCUCUGAGAUUAGCCUUCAGGUAACCCAAACUCUUCCAUCAGGCUGUGACUUAGAGAACCUCCGAAUGAGAGAAUCUGGGCGACUGAAACCCCAAGCCACCUUUCCCGAGCAUUAGCAUCCAAGCUUGUGCUGUGUUUUAAGAGCCUGGUUGGCGCGCGUUUUCACGUGUGUAUGCUAGAGGAUUUGGGGGUGGUGGAAGGAGCUGUGUAUUCUAUGUGGUCACUUGCAGAUUAUGCUAAUCAAGGAGCUUCACAUGUUAUCUGGGGACUGUGGAGAAGGCAGCCGGAUGUGCAGUUGACUCCUUGGACCAAAUCCUUGGAAAACACAAACGUUUUAGAACAAGUCCCUCUAUGAGAAACACCCAUGGGCCCAGCAUGAUGACUCAGUGGCUAAAUCCUCG